UGCGGGACCCUCGGGGCGGCGAGCGCCGGGCGGGCACAGCCGGGGCCGGGCAGCGCCGGGGCCGCGCCGCCACCGCCCGCAGCAGGUCACAAUGGUUUCCAUUCCUGAAUUCUAUGAAGGAAAAAACAUCCUCCUGACAGGAGCUACAGGCUUUGUGGGAAAAGUGCUUUUGGAAAAGCUGCUCAGAUCCUGUCCUAAAGUGAAGGCAGUGUAUGUACUGGUAAGAAAAAAAGCAAAACAGACAGCUGAAGCACGAAUAGAAGAGAUUACCAGCUCUAAGCUCUUUGACAGAUUGAGAGAAGAGCAACAAGACUUCAAAGAAAAAAUAAUAGUAGUUGAGAGUGAACUUUCACAGCCUGAACUGGAUCUUAGUAAACCAAUCAAGGAAGAACUUAUAGAAUGCAUUAAUAUUAUAUUUCAUUGUGCUGCUACAGUCAGAUUCAAUGAACAACUAAGAGAUGCGGUGCAGUUAAAUGUGGUUGCCACACAACAGCUCCUGUCCAUGGCACAACGAAUGAAGAAUCUGGAGGUGUUCACACACGUUUCCACUGCCUAUGCCUAUUGCAAUCGGAAACAGAUCGAGGAAGUCGUGUACCCACCUCCUGUGGAUCCUAAGAAACUGAUAGAUUCCCUUGAGUGGAUGGAUGAUGACCUAGUCAACGAUAUUACUCCUAAACUGUUAGGCAAAAGACCUAAUACCUACACAUACACAAAAGCCUUAGCUGAAUCCGUGGUGCAGCAGGAAGGUGCAAAUUUAAACCUUGCCAUUGUAAGGCCGUCCAUCAUUGGUGCCAGCUGGAAGGAGCCUUUUCCUGGCUGGAUUGAUAACUUCAAUGGACCUAGUGGUCUCUUCAUUGCUGCAGGAAAAGGAAUUCUUCGAACGAUGAGAGCUUGCAACGAUGCAUUAGCAGAUCUUGUCCCAAUAGAUGUUGUUGUCAAUACCACACUUGCAGCAGCCUGGUAUUCUGCAAUUAACAGACCAAAAAAAGUCAUGGUGUAUAACUGUACAACAGGUGGCACCAAUCCUUUCCACUGGAGUGAAGUUGAAUACCAUGUAAUUUCCACUUUCAAGAGGAACCCUCUCGAACAGGCCUUCAGACGGCCCAAUGUAAAUCUAACUUCCAAUCACCUUUUAUAUCAUUACUGGAUUGCUGUAAGCCAUAAGGCCCCAGCAUUCCUGUAUGAUACCUACCUCAGGAUUACUGGAAGAAGCCCAAGGAUGAUGAAGACGAUAACACGUCUUCAUAAGUCCAUGAUGUUUUUAGAGUACUUUACCAGCAAUUCUUGGACCUGGAACACUGAGAACAUGACCAUGCUGAUGAACCAGCUGAGCCCUGAAGACAAAAAGACAUUUAAUUUUGAUGUUCGACAACUACACUGGGCAGAGUAUAUGGAAAAUUACUGCCUGGGAACAAAGAAAUACGUGCUGAAUGAAGAAAUGUCAGGCCUCCCUGCAGCUAGGAAACACUUAAAUAAGUUGAGGAACAUUCGCUACGGCUUCAACACGAUCCUGGUGAUCCUGAUCUGGCGCAUCUUCAUCGCGAGGUCACAAAUGGCCAGAAACAUCUGGUACUUUGUGGUUAGUCUGUGUUACAAGUUCCUCUCCUACUUCAGAGCCUCCAGCACAAUGAGAUACUGAGGAAGAGAAUUUAGCAUUAGGACAUCUAUGCAUAUGGUGGUCUAACUGCACAAACCCUGUAACAUGUAGUCAUCUCACAUUUCGUGAAGCAUAAUUUCAUUUUUAAUUGAGGUGAGAAAUAAGAGGUAUGGUAUUUGUAAUGUUAGCUGUGUAUCUUCCUGGAAAAGGAGCAAAUAACAAGGGCAAGUGCCACACUGAAUUGGCUUAGAAAAGCAUUUAGAUAACUCUAACUCUUUGACCUGGGGAAGACAUAUUAGACCACUGACCAACAUAACUGUGCAAUUUGGAACGUGUUUGAUUGGAAUCUGCCUUAACAUGAUUUUUUUUCUUUUUAAGUUUUAUUCCACAUUGAGCAAGAUAAAUAUUGGCAUAGUAGAUACUAGUUGCUGUAGACCUAUUUAUUUGAAUUCUUCUAAAUUACGAAGGGUUUUGCAAGUUGCAAAAGUGUACAAAUGACUCUGGAUCUCCUGAAAUAAAAUAAUUGAGAACGUUU